CGGCGGCCUACAUAAGGGCGGACGCCGGCCCCACCCCCUCUCACUCGCGCGUUAGGAGGCUCGGGUCGUUGUGCUUCGCUGUCCACCCGCCUGCGUCAGGGACCUGCCCGACUCAGUGGCUGCCAUGGCAUCAGAUGAAGGCAAGCUGUUCGUCGGGGGGCUGAGCUUCGACACCAACGAGCAGUCCCUUGAGCAGGUGUUCUCCAAGUAUGGACAGAUCUCGGAAGUGGUGGUCGUGAAGGACAGGGAGACCCAGCGCUCACGGGGCUUUGGGUUCGUCACCUUCGAGAACAUUGAUGAUGCCAAGGACGCCAUGAUGGCCAUGAACGGGAAGUCUGUGGACGGCCGGCAGAUCCGAGUGGACCAGGCUGGGAAAUCCUCCGACAACCGAUCCCGCGGAUACCGGGGCGGCUCUGCUGGGGGUCGUGGCUUCUUCCGGGGGGGUCGGGGCCGCGGCCGUGGCUUCACUAGAGGAGGAGGGGACAGAGGCUACGGAGGCAGCCGGUUCGAGUCCAGGAGUGGAGGCUACGGUGGCUCCAGAGACUAUUACAGCAGCCGGAGUCAGGGUGGUGGCUACGGGGACCGGAGCUCGGGCGGCUCGUACAGAGACAGCUACGACAGUUACGCUACACACAACGAGUAAAAAUCCUUCCUGCUCAAGAUCGUCCUUCCAAUGGCUGUGUGUUUACAGAGUUUGGGAGCUCCGCUGAAUCGUUACUGUGUAGUGAACACACCUCCUUGUACCCCACUUUUGUAGUCCGCCUCAGUUCCGAUCUUGUCCAACACAGCCUGACUGCUGCUGACCCCACGGGGGCUGCUAGGCCAGACCUUCCCGUUUGCCAGAAGUGCCAUCUGUUCUAGGGCUUGGGAAAAAAUGCUUGGAGAGCACUUCUGGCUUUUUUGUUUUGGCCGUGAGCCUUUGGUUUUUUGGUUCAUUUUAUUUUUAUUUUUUUUUUCCCUUUUGUGAACCAUCACUGGGGGUUGUUGAGGGUUUUAGUUUUUGGUUUGGGUUGUGUUGCUUGUUUUUUGUUCUUUGAGGGGGUGGCCCGUAAAACCAGGGGCCCGCCCCGCUUGUGAAAGGAGCAGGACUCUGGGGCCGCCGUGUCGGAGGCCAGCCCACUGUGCUUUGGCCCGCCGGCCCGAGGGCCGUGUGAGUGGCGCGUGGUAGGGCCGUGGGGGCUGCACAGGGCCCACUGCGCCCAUGCAGGCAUCCCCACGAGGUUCCGGAACAUGUUUAUUUAUAUCGUUCUUUUUUACUGGAAGACAUCCGCCGUCCCAUUGAUGUUGUAUUUGAAGUGGUUAAGGAAUUCUUGUAUGCAGUUUUCUUUGGCUUCACGAAGCCGAUUAAAAGACCAUCUGAAAUGAACUCGCUCUGACAGUUCCCUUUCAUUGCUCAACACACCUGCUUGCAGGCUGGCAGCGGGCAGCGAAGGGCAGUGAGGAGUAGGUCCAGCCCGCCCAGACCCCUGCCUGGCUGGCCAGGAAGGCGGAGUCAGAUGCCUUGGGCGGGCCCUUGGACAGCCCCGGCCCUGGGUGGCUCGUGAGGCGGUGGGUGAUGGGAGCGGGCCAUUGAGUAUAGGGCAGCCCCCAGAAGCCUCUGGUGGCAGCAACCGUAGGACUCUAUGGGGCGGGCAGCUUCUCAGGGACAGCAGGCAAGCAGGCCCCUGCCGUGGACCCAACCAACUGUAGCAUAGGGGCUGGCCCAUGUGCACGCGCCGGCUCGGUAGCUAGCUCUGCUUGUUGCUUGAUGAGUUCUGAGGUUCUCUGCUAGCCUUUGGAAGCCGCAGCCCUUGGAGGACAGAAGUGUUGUACGCCCAACAGCCCUCUGAGACGCAAGCUGCCCCCUGGCUAGCUCGUAUGCGGAGCUAGCCCUGUAAUUGAGGUUGAAAGGAAGGAGUCCCUACUGGGAAGGUGUUCACAGAGCAUGGCACUGACCUGGGGUCACCGUCCCCAGAGGGCGGACAGCUCUGGGCUAGAGCCUGAGGCGUGGCCGCUUCCUUGCAGCAGGACCUGUGCUUCAUCCUGAGGCCUGACCUAACGAGGCGUUGCCAGGAACCGAACCGGGCGCUGGAUGGCAGCUGGUGGCUGGCUGGUCCUCGCCCACAUCCAUGAUCAGAUGUGCAAGUGGGAUUUGAAUAAAGGACUGGUGUGUCUACCCAGAAA